AUGAGCACGAAAUCGCAAAUUGAAACAAGGAAGCAGUACAAGAAUAAGGAGGUGAAAAUGACGGCAACGGUGAAGGCCAAAACAGGACAAGGUCCAACGGUAUCGAAAGGAGGAGGAACAUCCAAAGUAACAGAACACGGAAAAAACCCAGGAAACAGCAGCAACCAGCAGGAUAACCAACAAAACGACACGGUGUACCUGGAGCCAUGGGACUACGAGAAACCUACCAUCAGACACCCAGUCAGUGUGGGUAAAGCCCUAUCCAGUAAGGGAAUCAAAACCUACACCGAUAUCACGGCGAUUGGCAGGUUUCGAUUCAAGGUAUCGUUCGGAGCACCACAGGAAGCCAAAAAACUAAUGGAGAUUAACAUGGAGGAGCUAAACCUCAAGUGCUACGUCCCAAUAAUCCUCAGACAGACAGUGAGUUUGGCUAAAGGAAUACCGAGAGAUUACAGCGAGCAAGAAUUGAUGGAAGAUCUGUUGUCGGAGGGCGAAAUCAUCAAAGUGGAAAGGAUGAAGAAAAUGGAUAGGAACAAGAAGCUAACGGAUACGGAAAACGUCAAAAUCAUCUUCCGAGGAAAGCAACUACCAGACAGCGUGUCGCUAUACGGAUGCAGGUUCAAGAUUGAACUCUACCUGUUCCCGGUGAAGCAAUGCUCAAACUGUUGGGGAUUUGGACACCGGAGAGAAAAAUGCUGGAGGACAACAAAAUGUAAGGAAUGCGGACUGUGUAAAUCAUGUAAUCAACUCGGUGAAGGAAGCCAAACAGGCCAAACAGUAUGCCCUAGCUGUAUUCCUAGAUCUGGACAAGGCAUUUGA